ACUUAACGACGAUCAGCUACAGGAUCUUUCGGAGGAAAAAUCAACCUGUAAGGAGUCAGUAAGGCGACAUGGAGUCCCUGGUUGAAGAACUGACCUGUCCGGUCUGCCUGGAGCUGUACGAACAGCCGGUUCUCCUACCCUGCGCACACAGCCUGUGUAAGACGUGCGCUGGUGAAGUUUUUGCUGAAGCCGCCAGGAAACCGCCUCAACAAGCAGCUGGGCAAGAGGCGACGCCCAAGCAGGCUCUGUGCCCCAGCUGCAGGCAUGAGUUCCAGCUUCCCGAACUCGGAGUGGAGGGCCUCCGCCGGAACACCACGCUUCAGAACAUCGUGGACCGCUACCGGGAAGCAAAGAACACUGCGGCGGUCACCAAGGCGGUUCCCUGUCAGAUGUGUGACCAGGAACCACCAAACAACGCAGUGAAAACCUGCCUGGAUUGUAACAAUUCCUACUGCGAAACGUGUUUGGCGACUUUUCAUCCAAUGAGGGGAGGCCUGGCCAGGCACACGCUGACUGAAGCAUCGGCAGCAGCUCCUAAAGUACUCAUGUGCACUGAGCAUCCACAAGAGAAGGUGAACAUGUACUGUGCGACAGACCAGAGUCUAGUCUGCUCUUUGUGCAAACUGGUCGGAAAACACAAGGACCACGAGGUCGCCGCAGUGUCGGACACUUUCCAACAGAAAAAGACCUCUAUCGGUGGGCGUGUUGCGGGACUGAUUCAGCAAAACGCUGAAGUAGAGUGUUUCGUGGAUAAGAUCCAAGGAACCAUGACCAAAGCUGAGCAAAAUUGUACCGACAUUCAGGAGCGGGUGGAGGCCUUCGCCCAGACUCUGACUACUGCCAUCGUGAAGAGGAAAGGCAUACUGCAAUUAAAGGUUGCCGUAGAGAAGGACCAGAAGCUGAGGACCCUGGGUAAGCAGCUUGACCAAUGGGCAGACACCGGGACGGGCAUCACAGCUGCUAUCGCAGAGGCGGAGACACUUCUGAAUGAAGAGGAUCCCAUCGCCUUUCUACAGGCAUCUAAGGCGGUAGAGGACAGGAUUGCUGCCUUUAAGUUCCUGGAGGAACGCAAGUUGAACACCACCGACCAGUUCGUCCACAACACUCUUGGGGUCUCCGACCUGGAACAGAGGGUGUCAGCACUGGAUUUUCUGCAAGAAGCGCCAAGGAUGCUGACCGACCAGUGCACGUCUGGCCCUGACUACAUCACCGUUUGCUGGGCUGCAGGGGGGAACACGCCUGUCGACAAGUACAAAGUUUGGCAUGGAAAAGCAGGCGAGGGCCAUGUCUUGCAUGCGCAGCAGACAGUUCCCUCCACAACCAAGUCCAUCAAACUGGAGGAUUUGGAGGAGAACACUACUUACACGGUUGUUGUUGUCGCCAUCAACGAAACGGGACACGCAGCAUCCCAAACAGUGUCCAUCGAAACAAGACGUGGUGGUCAGCUGCAGUUCAAACUUGACAAAAACACAGCAGAACCACCAAUGGUCGUGGCCGGUGAUGGCAUGUCUGUUACAUGCUCUCAAAAUGUUACUGACGUACCUCUCCGUGGCCAAGCGUAUGGUUUCGCCCAAGGCAUCAGCCGACCAUAUUAUGAAGGUUACGGCGAGCCCGGAUCAUUACGGGGCUACAACCGACCACCCAAAAGUAAACCACUUUUAGACUCAAGCGUGUUGGGUGAUGCUGCCAUUGGGAAUGGACAGCGCUAUUGGGAGGUAAAUGUGACGGGAAGCUCUGAUUUUGGUUUGGGUGUAGCCUACACUGUGCAAUUACAGCAAGUAAUGAGGGUAGAUCGGUUCCAGCGGCGCGGUCCACUUAACUUAAAACAGCAACAGCAAUAUAAACAUGUACGAGUAUCAAUGAUGUAUGCUUCUUUUUGUGGGUACGGGCCCAACGGUGACAAAACGUACAAAUUUUCUUAUGUUGGGAUGGACGGGAAGGUUCAUAUCAUUCCACCCGAUCAUGAACGCAACUUGACCAAAGUGGGUGUCCUUCUUGACCACAAUGCCGGCUCUAUCUCGUAUUAUGACCAAAACCACCGCCUGAUCACGUCACAGGCUGAACAGUUUUCCGAGCCUGUAUUUCCUUGUCUUGUUGUGAAGGAUCAGGGAGGCACACUCAGUCUGGUACAGGACUGUGUCUGGCCCGAUGGCUCAGUCUGGUCUGUGCCUGGCCCGAUGGUUUAGAGUGAUAGACAGAAAUAAUUUGUUUACAACAGUGUGUAGUACGCUAAAUGUUGGAUACAUCUAUCUGGAAUCAUUGGAAAUGAGUAAAAAGUUGGGAAUGAGGAGGAAAAAUUAAACAAACUCUUGAAACGUAGCACUUUAUUGUAUCUGACAUAUUUGGAAGGGUCAUUUAUAGUAAUGUCUUCUUAUACUGAAUUUUCUGUUCAUUCAUUUGUAGAAUAUCUGGAAUUGCUAGUUGUAUCUAUCUGACCAAAUAGUGGCCAAAAGAUAUGAACUUUUGUUUAACUAUUAUCUAUUACGUAAACCAGACUAUUACGUUUUCAAUGAUGACUACAUACCUGCAAAUGCACAUCAGUUUUUGUGAUUUCCUAUCAUUAAUUUCAUAUUAUAACAGUUUAAAAGUUCAUCUUUGUUGAUAGAAGUCAUUUUGUAGAAAGAUUAAAAUAUAACUUCUAACACAAUGGGAAUAUGGGACGUUAUAGAAAUGGUGGUGCUGUUCGGUGGAAAAAUUAUCUUCAUUAUCUUCAUACAUUUAAUUGUGUUGGACACUAUAGUUUAAUCCGGAAUGAUGUAAUAGUGUUUAGCCCAGACGUUGCGA